AUGGACCGGCGCUAUGGGCGGCUGUCCGGCCUGUGUGGCCUCGUGGCUCUCGUCGCGGGUCUCGUUUCCAUCAGCUUCCUCGCGACCCACGCCAGCGCUGCUGAUGUUUCAGUUCCCACGAGGCAUUCCCGAGAGGCCUCGCUUGCAGUGAUGGAGUGUGGGUGGGUGGGUGAGAUGUGGAGUGUGGGUGAGAAGUGGAGUGUGGGUGGGUGGGUGAUGGAGUGUAGUCCCUCAACUGCGGACGAUGCUGGAGCUGCCAGGCAACGCCAACUGCGGCAAGGCCCAGAAGCACAAGCUCACCUUCUCCAGACGUGGGCGCAACCCUUACCCGUCUCCUCACUCCCCCCGCACCUCCCCCACCUGCCCCCUUCCACUCCUUUCCCCCGUCUCACUGGCCGCUCAGUCCCUCUACUGCGGACGACGCUGGAGCUGCAAGGCAACUCCAGGCUUGGGGGGCGCAACCGCAAGCGCGGCAAGGCCAAGAGGCAGCAGAAGCAGAAGCUCACCUUUUCCACCAUUGGCCCGGCAGAUGCGCUUGGUGGCAGCUCCGCGUGCAGCGACCUCACCUCCAGCAUUGCUGGCAGCGCCAAGAUCACUGUUGUGUGGAGAGCCUCCAAGUUUGCUGCGGCUGGCGACGGCAUGUGCUAUGCUUUGAACUUCUACUCCGGCACGGGCUGCUCAGGGCAGGCGACUCUGACUAUCGUACGUCCUGCGAGGACGGGCGUUGCCUUUCCCGUCACAAAAAGGUGUGUGAGUGUGAUGCACGGUGCAUGUGUGAGGCGCGGCACAUGUGUGAUGCACGCCACGUGA